AUGGCUGAACCAAGCCAUCUUGAAGGUCAGCAACACAAAUUUGAACCUUUCGAGGUUUCGCCGGCCCAUGUUGUAUAUGCAGCCCUUGGCCUCUUUAUUGCAAUUUUUUCCAUGUUCUCCAUGUUAUUUAAGGAGCGUCUAUACCUUGGUGAAGCGCCAAUUGCAUUGAUAUUCGGCAUCAUAAUAGGGCCUGUUGCGGCCCAAAUUUUCGACCCCAGCUCAUGGGGCGAGCAAGAACACAACAUCACCCCCGGGACAAAAACAACGAACGAAAUCACGUUGGAGGUUAUGCGCGUUUGUGUUGCGCUCUCCGUUUUUGCGGUCGGAGUAGAGUUGCCAAAAAAGUACGUUUUUCGCCAUUGGCGUUCUAUUGCGAUGCUUUUGGGUCCCGUAAUGCUUUGGGGCUGGCUUAUUUCAUCGCUGCUUAUCUGGGCGCUUAUGCCUGGACUGGACUUUUUGAAUUCGCUCGUUAUUGGCUCAUGUCUUUCGCCUACGGACCCAAUUUUGGCACAGGCCGUGGUAGGUGGCCCCUGGGCUGAGAAGAAUGUGCCAGCACACAUUCGCCAUAUGCUACAAUGCGAGUCAGGAUGCAAUGAUGGUGCCGCAUUUCCGUUCCUGUUCCUUGCAUACUACUUGACCGUUAACCGUGGACAGAUUGGGUUCCCUGUGGCAAAAUGGUUCUACCUCACAUGGGCGUGGGAGAUUUGCUUCGGUACAUUUAUUGGUGCCUUGAUGGGCUACAUUGCGCGUAAAGCGAUCCGCUACAGUGAGCAACACAAACUUGUGGAUCGUGAAAGUUUUGUAGCCCAAUAUGUCAGUCUUGCUAUGGCAAGUAUGGGCGCAAACAUUCUAUUGGGCAGUGACGACUUGCUGGCAGCAUUUGCGUGCGGCACUGCUUUUGCCUGGGAUGGCUGGUUUCAAAAGCAAACCGAGGAUUCCAACUUCUCUAGCAUUAUCGACUUGCUCUUCAACAUUGCCACGUUUGUGUAUAUUGGAGCGGUAAUGCCGUGGCGAUCGUUCAACGACGGCGAAAUUGGCAUCUCUGUGUGGCGACUCGUGGUGAUGACCAUCUUGAUUCUCCUUUUGAAGCGCAUCCCUAUUGUGAUUUUGCUGUGGAAGUGGGUUCCUGAUAUCAAAACGUUUCACGAGGCGAUGUUUGCAGGGUACUUUGGUCCCAUGGGCGUGGGUGCAAUUUUCAUGUGCACCUACGGCAGAAUUCUGCUGGAGUAUGGCCAAAAGUUUCCGCCGGAGACCACCAACGACUAUUUGGCCUUUAACAUUCAACCGGUGGUAUACUUUCUUGUGCUUUCUUCCACCAUUGUCCAUGGCUUCACGAUUCCUUUCUUCGCGUUUGGACGGCGCGCACAUGUGAAUAUACACCGUACGCUGACGCGCGCUCCAAGUUAUGGUUACUCCGCGUACCGCACUCUCACGGUUAAUGGUGAUGGCGCCGGGCCAACCAAUGGUAUGUCCGUUGCAGAAGCGAUGCACCGCGCGAGAAAAAAGCAAGCAGAGGAAGAGGAAGAGGAAGAGGAGUCGGGAGAGAUAAGCGAGCGUAGAUCGCACCACAGUGUCGCAUCGGGUCAUACCUCGCUUGGAACUGUGCAACGGCCGGCAUCAGAGCGUGCGUCGUUUCAUCCUCUCAUGGACAAUGAUCCUGACGAAGAGGCUUUGCACGCUUACGGCGAUGAUGAUUGGGGCGGCGAUGACACGGCAGAAGCACGCGUUGCAAUGGAGAUGCUAGAAAAGAAGGGAGAUGUGUCGCCCGAGGAUCUCGAAAAGGAUAUUAGUGAAGCAUUGCAGCAACAUGCAGACGACGAAACUCCCAUUGAUAUCCAUGACAAAGCCAAGAUCGAAGAUGACGAUGCACAUUGCAUACGUGAAUGGGUCGAGGGCCGCAACAUUGUGAUUGAAUAUCAAAAACACCCUGGGGACGAGCCGGAAACAAUUGUAGUGCCUAUUCCUGAGGAUGACUAUGAAGAGAUGUGCCGCGAAGAAUUGCCAUUCCGUGCUAUGCUGCGGCAUUACAGUGAUAAAAUCGAGUCGUUACUUGGGUGGAGCAACCAGGGUGAAAAGCGUGUGUACGAACUGGACUCCAACAUGCUGUACAAGCAAGGCAUAACACACCGGAUUGCUAAGCGGAUGAAAGAGCUAACUGAAGGUCGCACAAAUGAGAAAGACAAAGAGCUCCCUGUACAUCACCAAGACGUGCGCAAUGGUAGUCCAGGUUCUAAUACUACACGUCCCCUGCCAAACUCGGUGGCAACGAGCCGCUCCGUGCCACCAGUGAAUACAGUACCGGAACCAGCUCCGCAAGUGGAGGAACCUGUACCUGCACUGCAAGUCAGUGUUGCUCCGCUUCAUGUUGAGCCGCGAGUCCAAUUUAACGUCUCUGAUAGUAGGAUAUCGCAAGCCAAGUAA